UAUUCCUCCGCGUCCCCUGACACUGCGCAAACAGAACCAACACCAACAUUCCUGCCAGCAUCGCCAGCAUAACAGCUAUCGCCAUAUCGCCCGUCCUUGCAACGCACGAACUACCGCAAACCUCAAAUUAUGGCUUCGAUAUACGAUCAGGACGAUGCUGAUCCAUCACAUAACUUGAUCGCCGAGUCAACCAUGGCAAUUCCGCAGGUCAAGACAACUCCGCAAAUGCCACCUCUGUGGCAGCCUCCACAGGAGUCACAACCCACCGCAUAUCAACCUUACGGCAUAUGGGAUCCACCUCCGUCGCAGCAUGCACAGGUGCCACCACCCACCGUAUAUCAACCUUACGGCACACCGUCGCAGCAUGCACAGGUGCCGUCACCCACCGUAUAUCAAUCUCACGGCACAUGGCAUCUACCGGAUCAGCAGCAAACACUUGUUAAUAUGCAGCAGCAAACACUUGUUACUAUGGAGCAAAUGCUUGCUGGUAUGCAGCAACGGUUGGAACUUCUAGAAGCCAGCAUCAGUACCCUAAAUCUUGAGAACUCGGCCCUCAACCCGGACCCAAUAUUUGGCGGCAGUGACGCGGUCCUCAAACGUCUCCAGAGGGUCUGGGACGACGGCGGCGAGAUGCUUGGAUUUCCGGUGACGCCGACUCAAAUCUCUCUCAUGUCUGAUACCCGGACAAACCAGGUACUGGAAGAGAUCGGCUUUCUGAGAGAGCUUACGCCGGAGGAUGGAGACGCCAGAAAAAAAAUACUCCGGAGGAUGUGGCUAGGUACUUGGUAAUAAAAAAAGCCGCCCGCCCGAGAUCUUGGGGUCGUGGGGUUUGGGGGUUGGGGUUUGGAAG